UGGAUGUUAGUGCGCCUGCUCCUCUUCUCCUCUUCUCCAGGCUCCUCCUUCCAUCCUCUCGCGCUGAUUCUCACUUCUCAGAACAAAUAACGGCUUUAUAGGUCAGAAUAUGUGGGCUCCGUGUUAACACCGUCCUGGCUGAGAGACAGAGAUGGAGCGCUCCUGACCGCGCAGAGAGCAGCUUUCUCCCCGGUCUCCUCCUGGUCUGCUCGGACUGAAGGCCCGACCAUGUCCGCGCGGGAGCGGGGGACGCCGAGCAGAGACAGCGUCAGCCUCCUGCCCUGCUUCUACUUUGUAGAGCUGCCGAUCCUGGUGUCAUCCAUGGUCAGUCUGUACUUCAUUGAGUGGACAGAUGUGUUCAAGCCCGUUAAGUCUGGCUACAACUGCCAUGACCGCAGCCUGAGCUUACCUUACAUUGACUCCAAUCAUGAGGUCAUCCCUUUGCUGGUGCUACUUAGCCUGGCCUUUUCUGGGCCAGCUAUCACUAUAAUGGUUGGAGAGGCCAUCCUGUUCUGCUGUCUUUCUCGGAAGAAGAAUGGUGCUGGAGCUGAGGCCAUUAUCAACUCUGCUGGCUGCAACUUCAAUUCCUUCAUACGUAGAGCCAUCCGUUUUGUCGGUGUUCAUGCAUUUGGCCUAUGUGCCACAGCUCUUAUUACUGACAUCCUGCAACUGAUGACUGGGUAUCCAGCACCCUACUUCCUAACUGUGUGCAAACCAAACUACACUACGCUUAAUAUCAGCUGUGACCAGAACCCUUACGUCACAGCGGAUAUCUGCUCAGGGGCAGACCUCUCUACCAUCAACCAGGGCAGAAAAUCCUUUCCAUCCCAACAUGCCACCCUUGCGUCAUUCGCCGCUGUGUAUGUUUCGAUGUAUUUCAACAGCACAUUGACAGACUCGUCCAAGCUGCUGAAGCCUCUUCUGGUCUUCUCCUUUAUUAUGAGUGCCAUUAUUUGUGGUUUGACCAGAAUAAUUCAGUACAAGAACCAUGCCACUGAUGUUUACCUGGGAUUCCUGCUUGGAGGUGCUAUUGCUGUGUACCUGGGUUUGUAUGCUGUCGGAAAUUUUCAGGCAAGUGAGGAAGACAGCAGCAGUCCACUUCCAGUUGUACAUUACGCCCCUUGCUCCUUGCCUCAUGUAACCCAAGAUGUAGUUCUCCAGCAGCUGCAAAUAAAAGCUGGCAUGACCAGUGAGCAUGGUAUACCUACCUCCAAUUCUGAAGGCCUACUGCACCGGGGUCUUCUGCAACAGAAGCCUAAUGUCAGCCUAAAGCAAUCUAGUCUAAAGCAAUCACAAGUGAUCUCUCCGUACAGCCCUCAGAUCAAAGAUACCAUGAUGACUUUUAGCCACACUCUCCCUCGAGUUCACACCCCUCAGGCAAUAGCAGCAUAUGAGGAAGCUGCCAGACAUCAUGCUGCCAUUCUCCACCAUGCGUCCAUGGAUUCCAGCCGCUCAAAGCAACUUCUGUCUCAAUGGAAAAGUAAGAACAGCAACCAUAAGUCAUCUGUGGUAGUUCCAGAGUCCUUCUCCUCUGCAGACUCAGCAUCUGGCCAGUCUUCCCAGCAUUCAUGCCAUCAUGGUAGCAUGGAACUCCAAUCCAGCUCUGAACCAUCAGCUUUGGGACUGAAUGGAGGCCUUGACAGCUUUGCAAACAUAUCUAAGCUGCCUGCAAGUGCUAGUACCACCCUGUCCAAUAACUGCAGCGGCAUUACAGGAGGGUCCAGGAUAUCCAUACAAUCUAGACCAGGGUCUUCACAACUAGUCCACAUACCAGAGGAAAUUCAUGAAAAUUACAACAACACCUGCCAGAAAGUUAUAGGAGGAGAAGGAAGUGAAAGAAUGUUGGUGGUAAAUAGCACAAUUCAGGCUAACUGGCAAAGGUUAGUGGACAAGACUACAACAUGCAGGACUAAUGGAAAUGUGCAGAUGACUGCUAUGUCCAGGCAGCAGGGGCGACUACAAACCCAUUCCAAGAGUUUAGACGAGAGCAGCACGGGCUGUAACACAAAUGGGAGUUGUGAGGGUACUGUUCAUUAUAGAGCACUAAAUGAUCAGGAACCCACUACAGGGCCAAGUUCACUGGUCAGUAUUACAGGCAGUAUUUCAGGAAGCACUGGAGCCAUUAUCAGAAUAGAGGCUCACCCUGAAAAUAGCAGACCAAUAAUCCAAGCUCCAUCCAUAGAUGGAAGGGGAUCAUGGAGGUGGCAGUCCCUGGAUCAUAGUACUGGAGGUUGUGAAAAAACAGGGACUAGGGUUGUCAGCAGUGGAUCAGCUGCAGGACUUGGCAGUUUGAGGCAGUCAUUUGAGCAUAAUGAUCUAAACAUAGACUCAGGAAGCUCAGAGUCAGUACAUGAAGGGUCAGUUGACAAGAAACAUACCAGUCACAUUGUUAUGCCAACUUCUACGGUUGUAAGCCCACCCAAAGUUACUGUUCAGACCAAGGACUCUAGCCAUUCUGAGCAGAGGCUCCACCCUCAGGGUCAUUCUACCAUUAGAGUCACUCCAGGAGAUGGUAGUGGUUGUGGAUCUGGAGGAAGGGACAAUGGAAUAGGUGGAGCUGGAGAGACUGCUUCAGAACCCCCCUCAGUUGCUUCCAGUCGUGAGUCCACACUGCAAAGAAAAGGCAAUAAAACCAUCAUGAUCCCAGAAAGAGUAAACAGCCCUGAUAAUGCUCGAAACAUUUUCUAUAAAGGAACAUCAAUUUCCCCUGUUUUGAAGGACUAGAAUACCAAAUAUUAUGAAAUUAUAGCAAAUAAUGUGGGGCGAAACAUUUUCUAUAAAGGAACAUCAGUGUCCCCUGUUUUGAAGGACUACAAUACAAAGUAUUAUGAAAUUAUAGCAAAUUAUGUGGGGCAGAUAACCCAGUAUAAGUGACAAGAGUCUAUAUUCAGAGUAUGCAUCAAAGUAUGCAAAAGAAAAUGAACAUUCUUAUGUAGCAUGUUUUUUGUAGAUUUACACUAGAUGCCAACCAUUUAAGUGUUGUAUCACUGUGUACUUUUAUGAUCACUCUUAAAAAAACUAUAUAAUGUUUAGGCUUUGUAAGUAGUUCAUGGAGAAAAUAACCUUUUAUUAGACAGUCAUGUUUUUGAUUAAAUAAAACAAGAAUUUUAAGAAAUUGUGAAAGUUAUAUUUAAACACAUGCUCACAAUGGAAAAAAUUGUGUUAUUGCUGUGAAACCCGUUUUACCUUCCUGCAUUUCAAAAACUAUGUAUGGCUGGAAGUGGUGCUACUCCAUUUAAUGUUAUUUGUUAUUUACAUAUUAAAGAACAUCCUAAAGAAUUAUUUUACAAUGAUUUGCAACUGUAAUAUUAACAUGUUUUUUUGUUCAAUUUGGAUUUUUUUCUGUGCAGAAA